UAAUACUUUAGGAUCCAGUUACAAAAGAAGAUUGACAUUAAAAAAAACACUUUUUAUUUUCGACAUAAAAACAUUCUUUUAACCUUUAACUCUUGUGCUAAAAUGUUGAAUCAAAUACUUAUAUAAUAAGAAGCUUAAAGGUUAGCUAAGUGAUUAUAUAAAUAUAGUAGUUAUCAUCUAACUAUGCCGGCUUCAACAGUUCCUACCUUGAGCAAUAGAUUGAUCCUGGGGAUACUUCUUGCACUUGUCUUAGACCCAGUUAAUUUGUGUCAACCAGAUUGGAAGGAGAAGUGGUUUGGACAAGCAAACUGCACUAACGAGGCAGGUUCUAAUUCUUCUAAUGAGACCUGUGAAGACACUUCUGGAAACGGAACUGAAAGCCUGGCAGAGAAUGUCACAGCUGUUAGUCUAGAUAAUGCUACAGUAGAAAAUAUUCCAUCUGAGGAUUUAAAAGAAUACCCUUUUGUAACAUUGUCAGAUUCUAUUGAUGAAGACGCUCUAGCAGCACUCCAAAAUUCCAAUAUCUCCAAUAUAACCGUGGCAGAAUCUAAAAGUAAUUUGCCAAUCAAGCAAGCAACUGGGAAUUUAGAGCUAAAAAUUCAGGGAAUAGGACCAACAGGUCCACUGAAACCUGCAGGAGGAAAAAUAGAUAAACAUGCAAAAUCAAGUGAAACUCAAGAUUUGAAGAAGAACAAAACAGAGAAUCCUGAUGAAAUGACUGACAAUGAAACACCAGAUAAUCAUACAUUGGAACGCGGACUAAAAGAAGAAUCAAUGAUAAAGAAUGAAGUAACAGGAAUACUGAGUGGUCCUGAAAUGUAUGGAUUAAAUGAUGGCCUAAUAAGUGAUAGAAUAGUUGAAACUGCUGGAAAUCUUGGGGAGCAUGAAGUACCAGCUAGAAAAAAUAUAUUCUAUGCAGUUCACAUAAAUUAUGAUAGCUUGAACAAAACUACUAAGCCCCAAUUUGUUGAAUCAAGUGAUUUGCUUAAAAUGAUUGAUACAGAUGGUAUGCCAAAGCUUAAUGCCAGCAUAGAAAAAAGCAUUGAAAGGUCGGAUUUAAUUCAAAAUGAAAACACUAACAAUGGAAAUGUGACUCAACAAAAAAUCAAGCAACUGAGUCAAAGCAUUCAAUUAAAUAAUACGGUUGAAACACCAGAUGAAUUCUUAAAAAGAGUUGACAAAGAGUUAGCAGAGAUUGGUGAUAAUUCAUCUCAAGAAAACCUAUAUGGAUAUGGUAUGUUGGGUCAAUCGGGGUAUUCUGUGGAUUCGUAUCAAAGAAUGGAGUCCUAUCUAAAUGAUAAGGAUGUUAACCUUAUAAACCCACCUGAGGAAGAUAUCAGCCUUGCUAAGAAAAAAAUGAAAGAACACGCUGAAAAAGACUUGAAUUCUGUGCUCAGUGAAAAGAUUGCAGCUGAUCUUACGAGGAAAAUACACAAGGAUUCAGAAACCAACUUGGAUAAAUCAAAAAUUAGACAAUCAAUAAAAGAUGGUUUAAAUCUAUCAAAAGGUCUAAAAAAGACAGGUGUUAAUAGCGGAAGUUCUUCAGGGGGAGACAGUACAAAAUCCAGUACAUCAAUAGGAAGAAGUAUAUAUUAUUCACACCUGCAGAAAGAUGAACCAACCAGACUUCCCAACUCCGAAUCAAACCUUCAUGCUGUGAAAGAAAAUUUGAAACAACAAUUAAAACAGAUCGGAAACAAACAUUCAGAGGUUUAAAAUGACUUUUGGUGACUUUUGAAAAGUUCAAAACAAACAAAACUUUAUAUUUUUUAGAAUAUACAAUCAAUUUCAAACUUUA